UCUUUCCUUAGUUCCUUAUACCCCUCCCUUCCACUCCUCUCCUGACUGGGCUGAAAAAAAACAGGCAUGCAUUCCCCAGGAACUGUGAACACAGAACACAGAGCAAAAACAAAACUACCGAUACAUCAACAUUCAUUUAACCUACUACCCAACAGCCGCUACCCAAGUGGAGAUUAUAAUAACGGCACUCAGUCAGUGGACUCAUCAUAUGAAAUCAGGAGAAACUCUGGGAAAUAAAGAGUACUGAGGAGAGAAAAGGAAAGGAAGAAGAAGAAGAAAAAGAGAGGUGGAUAAAUCUUCUUCCUCAGAGAAAGUAGCUCAUCAAAAUGAGCGGGAUCGCACAGACAGGAAUGAGUUCAUUUGCACUCGUAUCCCGCACGUUCUUCCUCCUGCUCUUCCUCCUCCUCGUUGCUCACCCCAGUGCUAGCCAGGCUGCUAACACCAACGACUCCAGCCUGGCCGAUGGCUCCAAGAACAAAGCGGCAUCACAGGGGAACGUGACAUCACAGAGCCCGGCUCCGGGCUGCGGGCCCGGGCUGGACCCGGUGUACUCCUACCUGUGUGACCGGCAGGCGGCGUGGGGCAUCGUGGUGGAGGCGCUGGCCACUCUGGGCUUCCUGGUGACAGCGGGGCUGGCGCUGGGGCUGGUCGCCUGGGCGAUGUGGGCGUGCCUCCCGCCGCGCCGUCGCAGGGGGAUCGGGGCGGGCGUGGUCACGCAGCUGCUCUUCCUGGUGGGCGUGGCCGGGCUGUUCGGGCUGACCUUCGCCACGGUGAUCCGGCUGACGCCGCGGACCUGCCCCACGCGCGUCUUCCUGUUCGGCGUCCUGUUCGCGCUCUGCUUCUCGGCGCUCCUGGCCCGCUCGGCGGCCCUGCUGGGCUUCGCGGCGGCGCGCGGCUGGGGCGAGCCGCUGGCGGCGCUGGCGCUGAGCGCCGUGCAGGUGAUCGUGGCGACGGAGUGGCUGAUCACGGUGCUGGUGCGGGACGGGCUGCCCUGCGCCUACAGCCAGGCCGAGUUCGCCAUGCUGCUCAUCUACGUGCUGUGCCUGCUGGCCGCGGCGCUCCUCUUCUCCCUGUGGAGCCUCUGCCGGUCCUGCUGCGGCUACGGCUACGGCUACGCCGGCGCCUCGCAGGGCCGCGCCCGCUGGCAGGCCGCCCUCCUCUUCCUGGCCGCCCUGCUCUCCGCCUGCAUCUGGGUGGUGUGGAUCGCGCUGCUGACCCGCGGCAACCCAGCCAUGGGCCGCCGGCCCCUGUGGGACGACCCGGUGCUGAGCGUGGCGCUGGUGUCCAACGGCUGGGCGCUGCUGCUGUGCCACGCCCUGCCCCAGCUGGCCUUCCUGUGCCGGGGCGAGGCCUGGCUGAAGGAGGGCCCGCUGGACUUUGCCGGCUGGACCAGCCCCACCAGCGGCAUCGGCAGCCUGGGAGCAGCCAAGCAGGGCCGCGAUAACGGAACCUUCCAGAACGACACACAGGACAGGGGUAAAGGGCAGGAACCUGUUCUGCGGUCACCUUAUGAGUCUGGCUUCUCCAUGGCAGAAAUAGACCCUGAUAAGGAUUACACCAUCCCUCGCGCUCAAACCGCCAACAUCAAUGAGCCCUAUGAUGAAUACUACGGUCACCCGCUGUAAAACUGCACAAACACGCACGCACACACACGCACACACACACACACACACACACACACACACACACACACACACACACACACACACACACACACACACACACACACACACACACACACACACACACACACAAACUCACAUUCACCCUUAUGUACUGUACAUAGGGAUGCAUACCGUACUUAGAUAUCACUAUAAAGCGGCAGCAGUAGUUCAUACAUAAUUGUAUUUUAAUACUGUACAGAAGGCCAAAUGGACAGACACGGAAACACAUUCCCAUUAAACACGCUCACAUUCUGCGUUCGGAACCUUUUGGUCUGCCGCUGUGUCUGUGCAGCGCUCUUCCAGGCAGUAACACUAGGUGGCGGUGUGUUCAUCACUCUCUGUUUAAAGUGGAAGAAUGUGUUUCAGCAAAAACUGCCCAGUUUAACAUGUUUUGUUAUACCAAAGGUGACAUAUCUGUCUGCAGUGUGAAAACACACACCUUUAUGCGUAUUUAUCUGUCUGAAUUAUGCAUGCACACAUGUACAUAUGCAUACCUGUCUGCGCUGCGCUCAUAGUAUCAUUAUGCAUGCACGGCAGUCUGCACUAAUGCACAUAGUUGUAUAUAGGCAUGCCUCUACAUUGCACAAACUGCUGCCAGCCCAGAUUCAAUCUAUCCACAUUGCGCUUCAACCUUUAAUUUGACUGAUGUAUUUAAGCACGUGUAACAAUGUUUUCUUGAUCUGUAAAAUAGAUCAUUAUGAGUUGAGCUGAUGUUAAAACCAACAAAAAAAUGGUCAGUGUACAAAAAAGACACUUCAGGCCAGAUUUAUGAAAGGACUGGUUGCAAUAUCUACAUCGGAUUUACUGAAUGGUGGCAAUGGGUCAAUCUGCAACUUUCCUUCUAUUGCAUAGUUAAAUAUGCUCAUGCAUUAUUGAAAGUGUGCAUGACUUCUAUUGAAGUCAUUAGCCAGCAUAAAGGAGCUCUAAAUUUAAAGAAUUAUAAUUACUGUUCUGCAAACGCGUUCAAAUAGGGUAUAUAAUUAAUUGUGUUCAGACACUGAAGGUAAAACAGUUUUACCUUCAGGCCUUCUCCCAUCACUAGUUCAUCCAUGUCUCGCCCUUCCACUCCCCGACUUUCUCAUUUUGCCGGAAUAUUCCACCUGUUGUUCUAUUGUACUAUUCUUUCUUUAGUUGGACCACCACCUGUGUCUUAAAAAAAAAUUCUGUCUUUUUUGUACGCUGCCUAACAUCAUGCCAUCUUUUCUUUACAUCUUCCACUGUUUGUUUUAUUAUACCGAAUAAAUUAAUUUUGUAUGUGAUGUCACUGAAAACUUUUAUCAUCUCUGUUGGUGUCGUAUUUCUAUGCAAUUAAUAUUGCGUUGUGAAGCCGGACCUUGUUGACCAUUAUCUAUAUUUCCUGAUCUGCAAAUUUAAGUUUUCUUUUUGUGUCGGUGUCCUCGACCGCAACAGAGCCACAAUAUAGUGAAUGUUUUCUGCUGUGAUUAUUUCGUUCGUAAAUCUGGCCCUUAGUAGAUUAAUACCUUGAAUCCUGAGAUCCUGACAGCAGUGGUGCCACCUGUGGCCAGGAGUCCUGCAUAGUGGUGCAGAAUUGGUCAUAGGGACACCUGGGGAGGGAGGCAUUCAGUCAGCCGUUUUUUCCAGUCACAUCACACAAGCCAGACUCGUGAAUCUGUUGAUCGGAUGACUGAGGUCUGCCUGCGACAGCUCCAAGUGAGGUGUCCUAUGACUAAGGCUGGGUAUUUUGCCACGAAAAAUAUUCGCUGAAGUCAUGGAGCAGCCAUGGCAAAGUUGUUAAAAAUCACAGAAAACUGAACAAAGCAAAAGAAAUUACAAACUCAAUUUAUUAAGUUAUUAGCAUGCUGUUCUGUCUUUAAUUUAACUGAAUGUUGUUAGAAAUAGAGCAUGUUGUAAUUGUACUUUACUGAAAUAAAACAUGGUUACGUUGUGUA